CCUAACCCUAACCCUACAAGAAGCCCUACAAGAAGCCCUACAAGAAGCCCUACAAGAAGCCCUACAAGAAGCCCUACAAGAAGCCCUACAAGAAGCCCUACAAGAAGCCCUACAAGAAGCCCUACAAGAAGCCCUACAAGAAGCCCUACAAGAAGCCCUACAAGAAGCCCUACAAGAAGCCCUACAAGAAGCCCUACAAGAAGCCCUACAAGAAGCCCUACAAGAAGCCCUACAAGAAGCCCUACAAGAAGCCCUACAAGAAGCCCUACAAGAAGCCCUACAAGAAGCCCUACAAGAAGCCCUACAAGAAGCCCUACAAGAAGCCCUACAAGAAGCCCUACAAGAAGCCCUACAAGAAGCCCUACAAGAAGCCCUACAAGAAGCCCUACAAGAAGCCCUACAAGAAGCCCUACAAGAAGCCCUACAAGAAGCCCUACAAGAAGCCCUACAAGAAGCCCUACAAGAAGCCCUACAAGAAGCCCUACAAGAAGCCCUACAAGAAGCCCUACAAGAAGCCCUACAAGAAGCCCUACAAGAAGCCCUACAAGAAGCCCUACAAGAAGCCCUACAAGAAGCCCUACAAGAAGCCCUACAAGAAGCCCUACAAGAAGCCCUACAAGAAGCCCUACAAGAAGCCCUACAAGAAGCCCUACAAGAAGCCCUACAAGAAGCCCUACAAGAAGCCCUACAAGAAGCCCUACAAGAAGCCCUACAAGAAGCCCUACAAGAAGCCCUACAAGAAGCCCUACAAGAAGCCCUACAAGAAGCCCUACAAGAAGCCCUACAAGAAGCCCUACAAGAAGCCCUACAAGAAGCCCUACAAGAAGCCCUACAAGAAGCCCUACAAGAAGCCCUACAAGAAGCCCUACAAGAAGCCCUACAAGAAGCCCUACAAGAAGCCCUACAAGAAGC